AUGGGACAGAAAACUCUUUCAGUAAUAUAAGAGGAGAAAAGUGUGAGGAUGAGCGAAGUGUCAGAGAAUAUUUCAGCUUAUAUUAAUGGGAGUCCUAAAAAUUUUGCAAAUCAGCAGGAGAACGAGCAAGUUCGUUUAGGGACAGGUGGAAAUAAAUCUAAAAAGAGCGAUGAAACCAGCUCAGUUGUAUCAAUAUAAAUGAUUGACAUUCAAUAGAAACAGAAGUCGUAAGAUUCAGACUACAGACAACCGUCAUUCUCUCAACCUACCAAUCAGAAAUAGUCUGUUAAGAAAUAAAUCGAGAUUGAGAUUCCUAAGGAUAGCUAUGAAGAGGAAAAAGUUGAGGAGAAAAAUCCACUUCUGUAGUAAUACUAGAAAUAGCUUGAGAAAGAACAAAAAAAUUCUUAAAUAGAGUAGACUUAGUCUUAAAAGUAGCCCAUACAAGAAAAGCAGUAGCAUUCUAUAAAUGAUGAUAAUGAUUCAGAAAGACAUAGUAUUGAAAAUCAUCAUCAUCUCCAUUAAGAAAAUGAUUAACAAUACGAUCAAAGUAAUCCUUAUGUGGAGACAUAAAAUUCCGUAAAGGUAAUAUCAAAUCUACAAGUGGAUUAAUCUGAGGGGCACCUUUUACAAGAGGAAAAUCACCAGUAAGAGGCUAUCAAUUACUAUGAACAAUAAAGAGAGAGUAUAACAUAAAAAAAUAUUAACGUGAAUGAGAUAGUAUAAGAAUAGGAAGAGUUAAGUUAGAGUAUAAAAGUAUUGCCCAAUAUUGACAAUUAGUAAAUUCAAUUAGAAAAAAUUGAGGAACAUCAUUAAGAGUUAUCAUAUAUAUAGUAGGAAACCUUGAAAGUUGAAGCUGAGGAUACUCAUAUUACUGAAAAUGAAACUAACAUCACACAGACUUAACCUUUAAAUGAUGGUGAAAUGCAUUAAGAUCUAUAGGUAGAAAAUAAUGAACAUAUGACAUUCGAGAAUCAGGAAAAUCUGCAUCAUAAAGAGCUAGAGGAUGAAAACUAGCUUAUGCAUAGGUAGUCUCUAAAAGAUGAACUUAGCGAACUUGAGGAUGGAGAUGAUAACUAUUAGUAUCAAUAAAAUGAGAUUAAUUAAAAUGAGGACAAUGAAAACUUCUAAAAUGAAACUAACAGCUAAAACAAGCCAGUUCAUUACGAAGAAUAUCAAAGCUAAUCGUAUAAUGACGAUGAAUCAGAUGUUCAUAGACUUAAUUCUCCCUCUUAAUAUUCUCAAGGUACUAAUUUUAACAGAAUAAACGAUGGAGGGUCUGUAUAUUCUCAUGACACUGAAUUUAAAAGAGUGGAUGAUGGUUAAUCUGAGAGAUCUGGGACUAUUGUUAAUAGAAUGGCAAGUGGGUCAGUAGUUUCUAGAAAUACAGAUACAAGCAUGGUAAGAGUUGUAGAAGAUGACGAGGAUAAUGAGGAUAACUAUCUAAGAAGAUUGGAAGGCUCUAGUAGUGACUAUUAGAAAAACAUAAAUAGACCUUUUUCUACCACCCAGAAGGAUGCUAUGAAAUUUGAUGCAGGAUUUCAAGGGCAAGAAAUGGAUAGAAAUUCCAGAAGAAUGACUGACAGAAGAGCCAAUAAAUAGUAGCUUGAACCUAAUAAUGUGAUAAAGGAGGAAGAUGAAAAUCAGCAACUUAAUGAGCAGUUACAGAUAGAUGAUGAAGAAGAAGACAUUCAAAGACUUUCAAAAUUUGAUCAGUCAGAAAUGGACUUUAAAGAUACUUAGUCUGAUUUUGAUAACAGAUUUGUCGAAUAAAACGCUGAUUAGAUGCAGGACAGAGGCUCUUCAUAUUACAAGAAAGAUGGAUUAAACAAUCAUCUUGGAAGAUAGCAAAGAACAGAUACUACCUAGAGUAAUGUUUUCAAUCAAGCUGCUUAUGAUCAAGUAUCGGAUACUAACAGUAAUUACACCAAUAACAGAGGCAAAGAGGGAGGAUUUGUAAAUGGCACAGCAUUCGACGAGGAUGAUGAAGAUGACGACUUCAGAAGAGCCAAGGGUAAUGCCAUCAAAAAUAGAAGAGAAACUGAAGAUUAUUGA